AAUGCGAUCAACACACAAGGCACCAGGUCGGACCCAGGCACAUACGUGGCGAGACCGCAGGGAGCAGCGCUCGCUCUGCGUCCUCCCUUCCUCCCAUAUCCCAGGUCUCACCUGCUCCGGGCCCCAAAGGUCUCAGGAUGCUGUGGCUGCACGCAGCCGCCAGCCGCCCUAAGGUGACCGUCAGGGACGAUGCUGCCAUGGCCGCCGCCAUCUUCCCGCAGCCUCGGCCGGAAACGGAAACGACGCGAACCGCGUGCGUAACGCACGGGCCCGGCGGGGAACACCGGUCCCGCUGUAACACCGGCCCGGCGCAGAAGCGGGACGUCGGCUGCUCGGGGCCCAGGCCGGCGGCGGCGAUGGCCUCGGCAGCUGUGGAGAGCUUCGUGACCAAGCAACUGGACCUGCUGGAGCUCGAGAGAGACGCGGAGGUGGAGGAGCGCAGGUCCUGGCAGGAGAACGUCUCUCUGAAAGAGCUCCAGAGCCGAGGCGUGUGUUUGCUGAAGCUGCAGGUAUCCAGCCAGCGCACUGGGCUGUACGGACGGCUGCUGGUCACCUUUGAGCCCAGGCGAUGCGGGUCCGCGGCAGCUCUUCCCAGUAACAGCUUUACUUCUGGUGAUAUCGUGGGCCUGUACGAUGCUGCUAAUGAGGGCAGUCAGCUGGCCACCGGGAUCCUGACCCGGGUCACCCAGAAGUCGGUCAUGGUGGCCUUUGAUGAGUCCCACGAUUUCCAGUUGAGCUUGGACCGAGAGAAUUCCUACAGACUGUUAAAACUUGCCAAUGAUGUCACUUACAGGCGACUGAAAAAAGCCCUGAUUGCUCUAAAGAAGUAUCAUUCUGGCCCAGCCUCCUCACUCAUAGAAGUGCUCUUUGGCAGAUCUGCUCCCAGUCCUGCCAGUGAAAUACACCCGCUGACAUUCUUCAACACCUGCCUGGACACCUCCCAGAAAGAAGCGGUUUCAUUUGCGCUGUCUCAGAAAGAACUUGCCAUCAUCCAUGGACCUCCUGGCACUGGGAAAACCACGACUGUGGUUGAGAUAAUUCUUCAAGCUGUGAAACAAGGCUUAAAGGUUCUGUGCUGCGCCCCCUCCAACAUCGCCGUGGACAAUCUGGUGGAGCGCCUGGCUCUGUGUAAGCAGCGGAUUCUGCGCCUGGGGCACCCCGCCCGCCUCCUGGAGUCCAUUCAGCAGCACUCCCUGGAUGCGGUUUUAGCGCGGAGUGACAGUGCCCAGAUUGUUGCAGAUAUCAGGAAGGACAUCGAUCAGGUCUUUGUGAAAAACAAAAAGACCCAGGAUAAGAGAGAGAAAAGUAAUUUUCGAAAUGAAAUUAAGCUGUUAAGAAAAGAACUGAAGGAGAGGGAAGAAGCAGCUAUGCUCGAGAGCCUCACUUCGGCAAACGUGGUCCUUGCAACAAACACAGGUGCGUCUGCCGAUGGCCCCCUGAAGUUGCUGCCCGAGAGCCACUUCGACAUGGUGGUCAUUGACGAGUGUGCCCAGGCCCUCGAGGCGAGCUGCUGGAUCCCCCUGCUGAAGGCCAGAAAGUGCAUCCUGGCGGGCGAUCACAAGCAGCUGCCCCCCACCACAGUCUCUCACAAGGCUGCGCUGGCAGGGCUGUCGCUCAGCCUGAUGGAACGCCUGGCUGAGGAGUAUGGCGCAAGGGUGGUGCGGACACUGACGGUGCAGUACCGCAUGCACCAGGCUAUCAUGCGCUGGGCCUCGGACACCAUGUACCUUGGGCAGCUCACAGCCCACUCUUCCGUGGCAGGGCACCUCCUGAGGGACCUCCCAGGUGUGGCUGCCACAGAAGAGACGGGUGUGCCCCUGCUCUUGGUGGACACCGCCGGCUGCGGGCUGUUUGAGCUGGAGGAGGAGGACGAACAGUCGAAAGGGAACCCUGGCGAAGUCCGCCUCGUCAGUUUGCACAUCCAGGCUCUGGUGGAUGCUGGUGUUCCAGCCCGUGACAUUGCCGUGGUCUCGCCAUACAACCUCCAGGUGGACCUGCUCAGACAGAGCCUUGUGCACAGGCACCCCGAGCUUGAAAUCAAGUCUGUCGAUGGCUUCCAAGGCCGAGAGAAGGAGGCCGUGAUACUGUCCUUCGUCAGAUCCAACAGGAAAGGUGAAGUUGGUUUUCUUGCUGAGGACCGGAGGAUCAACGUGGCUGUCACCCGUGCCCGACGCCACGUGGCGAUCAUCUGUGACUCCCGUACUGUCAACAACCAUGCAUUUUUGAAGACCCUGGUGGAGUAUUUCACACAGCAUGGGGAAGUACGCACGGCCUUUGAGUAUCUUGACGAUAUUGUCCCAGAAAACUAUUCCCAUGAGAGCUCCCAGGGUUCCAGCCAUGCUGCCACCAAGCCCCAGGGACCUGCUACGUCCACCAGGACCGGAAGCCAGCGGCAGGAGGGAGGCCAGGAGGCCGCAGCACCUGCCAGACAGGGCCAGAAGAAGCCAGCUGGGAAGUCUCUGGCCUCUGAAGCCCCAUCUCAGCCCAGCCUCAACGGAGGCAGCCCAGAGGGAGUGGAGAGCCAAGACGGCAUGGACCACUUCCGGGCCAUGAUAGUGGAGUUCAUGGCCAGCAAGAAGAUGCAGUUGGAGUUUCCUCCUUCCCUCAAUUCCCACGACAGGCUGCGGGUCCACCAAAUAGCCGAGGAGCACGGGCUGAGGCACGACAGUUCCGGGGAAGGGAAGAGGAGGUUCAUCACUGUUAGCAAGAGGGCCCCGCCGGCCCCGCGACCCCGAGCAGCCCUGGGACCCCCAGCAGGGACCGGUGGCCCAGCCCCUCUCCAGCCAGUGCCCCCUAGCCCUGCACAGACUGAGCAGCCUCCCAGGGAGCAGCGUGGCCCAGACCAGCCUGAUCUGAGGACGCUGCACCUGGAGAGACUGCAGAGGGUCAGGAGCGUGCAGGGGCAGCCCGCCAGCAAGGAGCAGCAGGCCUCAGGGCAGCAGAAACUUCCAGAAAAGAAAAAGAAAAAAGAAGCCAAAGGACAUCCGGCCACAGAUCUGCCCACGAAGGAGGACUUUGAGGCCCUGGUUUCUGCCGCCAUUAAGGCUGAUAACACCUGCGGCUUUGCCAAGUGCACAGCCGGCGUCACAACCCUGGGCCAGUUCUGCCAGCUCUGCAGCCACCGCUACUGCCUCAGCCACCACCUGCCCGAGAUCCAUGGCUGUGGUGAGAGGGCUCGCGCCCAUGCCCGGCAGAGAAUCAGCCGGGAAGGGGUCCUCUAUGCCGGCAGCGGGACCAAGGACAGAUCCCUGGACCCAGCCAAGAGGGCCCAGCUGCAGAGGAAGCUGGAUAAGAAGCUGAGCGAGCUCAGCAACCAGAGGACCAGCCGGAGGAAGGAGAGGGGGACGUGACCAGCCGCAUCCUCGCACACCCCGCGGAGCUCUCUCCAUGGUAGCCCAGGGCGCCGCCAGACCAUGCUCCGCCUCCACCAGGGCCACAGAGGAGCGGAGGGGCCUAUUGGGGAGGAGCGGAGGGCCCUGUGGGGGAAGGUUGGGUUUUUGGAUCCCAGGGAUGAGCUUUUCCGAUGUCACAAUGUGGAGAAAAGCACCUGGGGGACAACAGUGCUCGUGCAGGUGGGGCUUGGGAAAUGCACGUCCCUUCUCCUCACUCCCCGCCAAAACCCACAUCCCAGCCUCUGGAUCCUGGGGAAGGUUCCAGUCCCUGGAGAAUACCCAGGGCCUCAAACUUGAAGUCACUCCUCCAAUGUCUGGGACUUGCCAGCUCAACCCAUUAGGAUGAGGGUGCUGAGAGGAAACAGGAAACAAGACUCUGCGAAUGGCGCUCAGGCAGGGAGUGGCGUUUGGCUUGCACGUUCCCAUGCGGCCAGAUGCUGGGGCCACUUUCCUUCUGUCUGCUGUUUGCUGGUGACUGCAGUGUUCCCCCUCCUCCUCACCACGGGGCUCCUGUGAGUCUGGGGGGCACCUCUUUCUGGCCUGUGCACCUCUCUCUGGCUUAUAAAGGCGCCUGGCCUGUGCCAGCCCCUCCUUGUUGCGCCUCACUGUGGGGACCAGGUGAGCCGGCUCUCCCACGUGGCUGUCCCGGGAAAGCUGCCCCACAGCCUCAGCAUCUUCAGCACUUACCGAUCCAGAGCCUCCCGGCCUUCUGUGGUGCCCUGUACCAACUCUUCUGUUUAAGAGAACCUCAGAUGAUGUACCUGAGCCUCAGGGUUUUGUUUCAGAGGGAUAUAAAUUAUUUAAAAAUUAAAUGAAAACGUUGCACACUG